AAAGAAGCCUUUUGAACCAUGUGGACUUUCCUUGGCAUUGCCACUUUUACCUAUUUUUAUAAGAAAUGCGGGGACAUCAUCACUUUGGCCAACAAGGAGCUCCUGUUGUGCGUCCUGGUGUUCCUUUCGCUGGGCCUGGUGCUCUCCUACCGCUGUCGCCACCGAAAUGGGGGCCUCUUGGGGCGCCAGCAGAGCGGCUCCCAGUUGGCCCUCUUCUCAGAUAUUCUCUCAGCUUUGCCUUUCAUUGGCUUCUUCUGGGCCAAAUCCCCUCCUGGAUCAGAAAAUAAGGAGCCGCAGGAGUCCAGGAGGCGCAGAAAAGGAACCAGUACUUCAGAAACAACCUUAAUGGGAGCAGCUGCGUCUACAUCAAUAUCUUCUCAAAGUGAUCCAGAAGUGAUCAUUGUGGGAUCUGGUAUACUUGGCUCUGCUUUGGCAGCGGUGCUUUCCAGAGAUGGAAGAAAGGUGACCCUAAUUGAGAGAGAUCUAAAAGAGCCUGACAGAAUAGUUGGAGAAUUUCUGCAGCCAGGUGGUUUUCAAGUUCUUAAAGACCUUGGUCUUGGAGACACAGUGGAUGGUUUUGAUGCCCAGGUUGUACAUGGCUACAUGAUUCAUGAUCGGGACAGCAAAUCAGAGGUUCAAAUUCCUUACCCUCUGUCAGAAAACAAUCAAGUGCAGAGUGGAAGAGCAUUCCAUCAUGGAAGAUUCAUCAUGAGUCUCCGGAAAGCAGCUAUGGCUGAGCCCAACGUAAAGGUUAUUGAAGGCGUUGUGCUACAGUUAUUAGAAGACGAUGAUGCUGUAAUGGGAGUUCAGUACAGGGAUAAAGAGACUGGCGAUAUCAAGGAACUCCAUGCUCCAUUGACUGUUGUUGCAGAUGGGCUUUUCUCCAAGUUUAGGAAAAACCUGAUCACCAAUAAAGUUUCUGUUUCAUCUCAUUUCGUUGGCUUUCUUAUGAAGAAUGCCCCACAGUUUAAAGCCAAUCAUGCUGAACUUAUUUUAGCUAAUCCAAGUCCAGUUCUCAUCUACCAGAUUUCAUCCGAUGAAACUCGAGUACUUGUUGAUGUUCGAGGAGAAAUGCCAAGUAAUUUAAGAGAAUACAUGGUUGAAAAAAUUUACCCACAAAUUCCUGAUCACCUGAAAGAACCCUUCCUCGAAGCUACUGAGAAUUCUCGUUUGAGGUCCAUGCCAGCAAGCUUCCUUCCUCCUUCACCAGUGAAUAAACGAGGUGUUCUUCUUUUGGGAGAUGCAUAUAAUAUAAGGCAUCCUCUUACUGGUGGAGGAAUGACUGUUGCUUUUAAAGAUAUAAAACUGUGGAGAAAACUGCUAAAGGGCAUCCCUGACCUUUAUGACGAUGCAGCUAUUUUCCAGGCCAAAAAAUCAUUCUAUUGGGCAAGGAAAACAUCUCAUUCCUUUGUUGUGAAUAUCCUUGCUCAGGCUCUUUAUGAAUUAUUUUCUGCCCCAGAUGAUUCCCUGCAUCAGCUCAGAAAAGCCUGUUUUCUUUAUUUCAAACUUGGUGGAGAAUGUGUUGCUGGUCCUGUUGGGCUUCUUUCUGUAUUGUCUCCUAACCCUGUAGUUUUAAUUGGACACUUCUUUGCUGUUGCAAUCUAUGCCAUAUAUUUUUGCUUUAAAUCGGAACCUUGGAUUACAAAACCUCGAGCCUUUCUUAGUAGUGGUGCUGUAUUGUACAAAGCGUGUUCUGUAAUAUUUCCUUUGAUUUACUCAGAAAUGAAAUGUAUGGUUCAUUAAGCUUAAAAGGGAAUAAUUUCCAAAUGAAUAUUUGAAACUCCCCAUGUCCUGAGAGACUUCAGAAGAGGAUGUAUAUAGCAUAGUACUAUACCACUUCUAAAGUAGCAACUGUUGAUCCAACAUUGGGAUUAAUUUGUUUUUGAAGUUUUUUGUAUAUAAACAUGUACAUAUAUGCUUUGAUUUGCAAUUUAAAAUGAAGGGAAAAAUAAGCUAUAUAAAAGGAAUGAUUGUUACCUAAACUAGUGCUAAUACUGCAGAACUGCAGCUUUUCUUUUGAAUUUCCUAUUUGGAUUGAGUUGUUGGGACAUGCAAAUAAAUUGAAGAAUGA